AUGCUUGAAGAAAUCAAGAUGCCUUCAGAAAGGAGACGAAUAUUUUCUGAUGGAGCCAAGUUUGACAGACUUAGUGGGCUUCCCGAUGAAGUUCUGCACCAUGUACUCUCCUUCCUUGAUACCAAGUGUGUUGUUCGAAGUAGCAUUUUGUCAAACAGGUGGAGAUCACUCUGGAAAACGGUUCCCGUGCUCAAUUUCGAUGGCGAAUCCUUCAACGAGCACAACUUCAAGGACCAUGUGGACGAACUUCUAAAAGUCUAUUUUGUCAACUCACACAGGCUUUGUCGUGUAUCGAUUCUCAAUUGUCCUGGAUUUGGAGAGAGGUCUGAUAUCUUUGCUGCCAUCUUCCGCUCAAUCUCCCUCUGCGACCAAUCAAUUGAGACUCUGGACUUAAAACAAGUCCAGUUUGAUAAUAUGACAUUUGGGUUGCAAAGCUCUGGUUUCAAAGUGCUUACCACUUUGACCUUGUCUGAGUGCUACUUGGAUUUCUCUAGCUGGAACCAACCGCUCAACCCGUUUGCUCGUUUUCCCAUGUUGAAGAAUUUGGCACUAAUAUCUUGCAGUUGCUCUCUUGGUGACGAUCCCGAAGAUGAAGAGACAAUGAGGUGUUUGAAAGUUGUUGGACUCCAGUUGCUUAUCCUAGAAGUAGACGAUGUAUUUGGUUUCGAUGAGAUAAAAGUAUUUGCACCAAAUCUGAAACGGUAUACUUACAAGAAUCAGAUUCGUGACUUUUCUCCAAUGACAGAAGUCUUGGUCAAUGUCCCUUCCUUAGAGCAUGCCGAUAUCAAGUUGUUGGGAUACAAGGGCUUGUAUGAUGAGUAUAAGCAAGAGGCAAACCGACAAUAUGCAAACUUGUUCCUUGGUAUGAGUAGAGCAAUGUCGCUUGUCUUUCAAUUCGAUACCGCCAAGGUAAGUUUCCUAUAA